UGUGAAUACUUUGGUUAUCCAGUAGAAGUUUCUCCUCUGAUUCCCUGGCUCCUAUUUGACGAAAAUGGCGCAGAAGACAAGGCCGAGCAAAAGCGGAAAAAGGAGGAGCUAUUCAUCUCCGAGCACAGACCGGACCAUCGGCUCACCUGGUUUCGAAACAGGACCAACUGGGUCUCGCCCAUCAAGACUCUCUCCCUCCGCCUCUCUUCUCGAUCGUGAAUUCGUCACCGAAGACCUCACUCUCUUCGGAAACCUGCAAAUCUCCCCUGACGACACCAACCCAAACCCUAACCCUAGAAGCUUCCCUUACAGUGUCAAACAACAAUGCUGGGACAAGGCACAGAAGGUCAAAGGCCGAGACCCAGAUCGAUGGCGUCGGGACGCACUCGGCAACACUGUGUUCCGGAAGCUCGUCGGUUGCCCCGGUUGUCUCUGCCAUGAUUAUGAUCACAUCAUUCCUUAUUCGAAGGGGGGGAAAAGCACAUUGGACAAUUGUCAAGUUUUACAGGCAACAGUUAACAGAUCAAAAGGGAAUCGGACUGAGAUAUCCAGAGCGGAUCUUAUUCAGAAAAGCUCUUACUGCCGGGUUUCAGUGCAGGCCGUGACAUGGAUCUCCUUGAAUUAUCGGCCUACGGCAAUGUCCGUCGUGGGGCAGAUUCCGGGGGAUGUAGCAUUCAGUGAUCAAUCACGGGGGCAACCAAAGAGUUUUAAAAUUUACUUUUAGGAUGGAAAUUUUGAAAGCUGUAUUUAGUGUGCCAUUCAGCUGAAUGUUUCUGCCCAAUGUUUGGUAACACUUCAUAUGUAACUGCACUAAUUUAUAAUGCUUGAUAUGGAUCUUCCGAUAAUGCUCAUUAUUGAUA